UACGGAAAUUUUUUUCGAUUGUUUCAUCGGAUUGAUGUGUGUCAGCGUUUAUGCGAUAAUCUCAGUCAAGGAAACGGAUUGAGACCAUGCACGUGGAAAACGCGCUCGCGAUUGCCACAGGUUCAUGCACGAGGGUGAAAUAGCACGAUUAGAAAAUUCCACGAUUAUGCGCAGGAGAAAAAUAAUCGUGGCAGCAGUUUUCACAUUUUCACGAAGAAGCUACGGUGCACAGUCAACGAGAUUUCGUCGUUAAAAACAGAGCCUCAGAUUUUCUUCAGCACCGAAUUCUAGUUGAAGCUGACUGACAUUGCCGAGACGAUUAAUUUUACAUGAGCUCGUUUACAAAAUUAUAAUUAAUAAAAAUUAUAAAUUGCAGUUUACGGUUUAACAGAAAACAUCAAGGAUAAAGAAGUGUCAAGAAUCAGUUGAUAUAUCGAAACUGCGAAAUUGCACCGAUUUCAGAGAUGAUUGAUAAUUUGAUCUUCAACGAUAUGGGGAACAUAAUGCAAUUAGACGAGAUCAAUGAGGAGAUCCUCAAGUGCAAUGACACGGCUCACACGGAACUGCCAAUCGAAUUGCGUUUCAAUGACGGCCACUUGGUAACGAUUAUCACUUAUAGCAUCCUAAUGGUAAUAUCGGCCAUUGGAAAUAUUUCCGUGCUGACCAUAAUAAAAAAACGAAAGUCCAAGUCCCGGAUACAGAAUCUCGUAAUGCAUUUGUCGAUCGCUGACCUCUUUGUGACAUUUUUGAUGAUGCCAUUUGAAAUCGGAUGGGCGAGCACGGUAUCCUGGGAGGCAGGAGACGCGAUGUGUCGCAUAAUGGCUUUUUUCAGGACGUUUGGCCUGUAUCUUUCAUCCUUUAUAAUAGUCUGCAUAAGUAUAGACAGAUAUUACGCCGUGAUGCGACCCCUCCAAAUACUAGAUGUUCACAGGAGAGGGAAGAUAUUGCUGAUGCUUGCGUGGAUUGGCUCUAUACUUUGUUCCAUGCCACAGAUGUUGGUGUUCCAUCUUGAGACGCAUCCAAAUUAUACUUGUUAUACUCAAUGCAUAACGUUCAAUAUCUUCCCAUCAUACGUGCAUGAAGUUUCGUACAGUUUGUUCGGUAUGGUAGUGAUGUAUUGGUUCCCCCUGAUUGUAAUACUUUAUACUUACACCAGUAUUUUCAUGGAGAUCUGCCGUAGAUCUAAGGAAAGGAGUGAAGACAAAAUACGUCGGUCCUCGAGCGGUUUUCUAAGCCGAGCGCGAGUACGCACCUUAAAAAUGACGAUAACCAUUAUCGCUGUCUUCAUUAUCUGUUGGAGUCCUUACUACGUGAUGAGCGUUUGGUAUUGGAUUGAUCGAUCAUCAGCUCUCAAAGUCGACCCACGCAUUCAGAGAGCUCUUUUCUUCUUCGCGUGCACUAACUCCAGCAUGAAUCCCAUCAUCUAUGGUAUCUUCAAUAUUCGUCAAAGAAACAAAGCGCCAAUGCGUACAGGCCGUACAGCCACCAUUGAGACCCGGGUCACGCCUCUGUCUCUAUCCGUCAAACUUCUCGAUUGCCAAUGAACGCGACGUUCGCUGGUUCGAAUAGAUGCGUAUAAAUUAAUGAUAUUGGCAAAAUAUCUGCGUUUUUUUGAGAAAAUAAGUUUCAGCAGUAUUGCUGUCAUAAACUACAUCUUACAUGACGGUACAUCCAUUUACGGAUUCCGUCCGGAAACUGUUAUGUAUGCAGAGCUAUUCAAAAGUUCCUCGUCUUAUUCUGCCAGAUGCAUGAUGAGAUUAAGCGAGAUGAAAGCGACUGUGAUCGAUCAAAUUAAAUCAUACCCGGUGGAAGAAGAUCUUCUAACGAAGUUGCGCGAUGAAGAUGAAAAGAAAAACAGAUUUUCCUGGGUAAACUAUGUAUUCAUUCCUCUCUCUCUCUCUCUCUCUCUCUUUCUAGAUGUAUUUAUUUUCAAGUUAGAUAAGAACCUUUAAAAGAAGAUUAUAGACUAAGUUUUUAUAUGUAUUUGUUACGAUAUAAAAGCAAACGUUGCAAAUGCAACCGCGAACGUGCUUCAUCGAGUAUGUGUUCUUUCUUUUUUUAUUGUAUAUACUUUCGCGACACAAGGUUGUGCAAACAAGUUACGUAAGCUAUUUGUACCCUGCUUAUGUUUCGUAUAUUUUUAUAAGAAAAAAAAAAUGUAUCGAGCAAAAUAUGUGUGUUUGCGUUUCGCGCAAAAAAUCCUCUUUCAUUAUUUAAAAACUUUUAAGGGAUAAACUCGCGCA